GCUUAAUUAUAAAGCUAAUAUAGUUAUAGACAAACGCUGAGAACUACGUACAAAUUGUUGAGACAAUGGGUAAUGUGCAAACGCGUCAACUCGACUCGCGGAAUGCCACAAAUAGACGCAGCAGCAUCCUUUGGAACUUCCGUUAUCCCAAUGGCAGCAGGCGACGCGACGAUGUUGCCAUGAUCAUCCACAACUCCAGGUUGAGCAUUAGCGAAUGGCUCAAUCUGCUCGAGCUGCAGCAAUAUGAAGAAAACCUGAAUAUGUAUGCCACUGUGAAUGAUGUUGGCGAUCUAACCGAUAGAGACUUAAAGCGUUUGGGCGUACGCAGCAUUACCCAUCGCCAGAAAAUGCUCAACAGCUUGUUGGGCGUGCGGGCCAAGCGCAGACAGUCCAUGAAUUUGGAAGCCAUGAGAAGUGCUCCGUGUGCGGUGCCGCGUCGCAAGGGCUCCUGUCCCAUGGUUUAUCUAGAUCCCGAUAAUGUGGCCGACAGCAAUGACAGCGGCGGAGCACCUGUGGUUACCACGAAAAGUGGCAAGGUCUUAAAGCAAUUGACAUUCGAUGAGACAACAACAAUCUAUGAGGAAUUGAAGCCGCGCUCCAAGUGCAACAGUCCGCAUUGGGGCGACAACGCCGACGACAUGGAAAGCGGCAAUAACAGUAACGUGUCCACGCCCCUGGCCGCCUCGCCCAAUCCCAAUGAGCAACAGGAGGCCAUUGCGCUGAAAAAGGCUCUCGAAUGGGAACUGAGUUUGGAUGCCAGAGAGCUGCGCUCGCAUGCCUGGUACCACGGCGCCCUGCCACGUCAACGGGCCGAGGAGAUUGUCCAGCGAGAGGGAGAUUUUUUGGUGCGAGAUUGCGCCUCUCAGCCGGAUAACUAUGUGCUCACCUGCCGCAGCAAAGCAGCUGUCUUGCAUUUUGUGCUCAACAAGCUGGUGCUGCAACCGGAGACUGUUUACGAGCGCGUGCAGUAUCAAUUUGAGGAGGAUGCCUUCGAUACGGUGCCGGAUUUGAUCACCUUCUACGUGGGCUCCGGCAAACCAAUAUCAGCUGCCUCUGGCGCCCUGAUACAAUAUCCAUGCAAUCGCACAUAUCCACUAUCCUUUUAUGGCCACAAGAUUGUGGGCAAUCAGCUGCACUCACAAAUGCUGGCCGGAUUGCGUGGCUUGAGUCCAUUGAACUCGCCCAUGGGCAACAAUAAUGCAGGCGGCUCCGCAAUCUUUCGCUUUGGCCAACUAACGGGCGAUGUUGCAGCAACCCAACAGCAACAGCCACAACAACAGCAGCAGGCUGGAACGCCCGCCAGUCCGCAUUGUUCACCACCUCGAGUGCGUCGGGAUGUACCGCCGCCUAGGCUGCCCUGCAAGAAGCAGCAACGCUCACAGAGCUUAACACCUGCCCAGGCGAUGGUGGUGUGCAACAUUAACAAGCAACAGGAGCAGCAGCAACAGCUUGGCGCAACAGAUGCCACCAAUGGCCAUGGCCUGGCCCGCUUUCAGACCAUUGCACGCUGUAAUCCCACCAGCGAUAUGCAGUUGCAGUCGCAGCAUUUGGAGCACAAGUUUAGCACACAAUCGCUGCCCCGCCCGAGCACUUCGGCAGCGCAGGCGCUUCGCCAACAGGCAGCGGCACGGAUUUGCAGUUUAGCGCGUAAUUGCAGUCUUGAUACGCCCGAUCGGCCACCAAGUCCGCCGCCCAAGCCACGUAAGGAACCAAUGGCCGCAGUGCUGGCAUAUCAGGCAAGCGGCUCGGAUUCUGGUAAUGGUUCAGGCGACUCAGCACCAGGCGAUAUUAGCGAAUUGAGCAUACAACGCGGUGGUGUAAUUAUCAAAAAUCCUCGUUUUAUGAGCAGCUCGAUUUCAAACGGUACUUUGAAGAGCUUUACGGAAUUCGACGCCAUAGCAGCUGAAGAGCAGCUCUUCACACUGCCCAUUGAGGAGUUUAAACUGUGCAGCAAAUUUGAUUUCGAGAAUUUUAGUACGUUGCUGUUGCCUUCAGUGGAGAAUAAACCGCUAGAUGGAGAUGCGUUGAACACAUUCAAGAUGAUGUUGCUAGAAACGGGUCCCAAGCUACUGGCCGAGCACAUUACACGCAUCGAUGUAGGCCUAUUUCUGGACAAGCCUGCUAAUGACUCAGAUUGCUAUUUAAGCUGUUCCGGUCUGGAGCUGCUGACCCUGCCGCAUGGCAAAGUGUUUCGCGAGGACAUCAUUGAGCGAACACAAUGCAUCAAACUAAUGGUUGCCGUGACCAUACUCACCUGUCAAACGGACCUGGAUCGCGCCGAGCUACUCAGCAAGUGGAUACAAGUUGCGGUGGAAACAAAAACCGCGCUGGGCAAUCUGUUUGGAUUCUGUGCCAUUAUGUUGGGGCUGUGCAUGCAGCAGAUACAAAAACUGGACCAGGCCUGGCACAUUUUACGCCAAAAGUACACGGACAGCGCCUUCACGUUUGAGGCCAAGCUCCGACCCACUUUGAGCAGCAUGAACGAAGCCUCCAAUCCGCAAGCGCCAAACACAACUGUGCCCCACGUUCUGCUAUACGCGCUGCUCAUCGACAGACCCAUUUUAGAUAUUAUCGAUCAUAGCAAUGUGGAUGAGCGUCCCGCACUCUAUAAUACCUGCAUUGCGCCCUGGGAAUCGAAGGCAGAUGAUUUCGGCAUGACCAUCAACUUUCAACAUUUGGAUGCAUCACGUGGCUUUCUUAAGAAUUUGGAUCUAUAUCGCAAGAAUGCUAAAAUUAUAAUGGAAGAGGCAAGCACAAGAUUAGAUGAACUGCUGGCGGAUGCUUUUCGCACUGAAUUCCACGUCAAGUUCCUGUGGGGCAGUUCAGGUGCCACGGCCAAACCCGAGGAUCGGCAUGGAAAACUAGAGAAGGUGCUAACAUUGAUGGCAGAUAAAUUUUGUAGCGUCAGCGCUUAGUUGCAUAAAAAAAAAAACAAAUGAGUAAACAGCGAUAUUAUAUGGACUCUAGUUUGUAAGCUAAGAUAUUUCUUAACACAAU